GCUACUCCUGCCAGCUGUCUUCGCCAUGGGUAUUCCGAUGUUUCGUGAGCCCUCCUCCAGUGAGGUGCGCAAAAACGCAACCAAGGAUCCUACUGUGGUGUCGCGCUCCUCCAUCCGUCGCCAGUCAACCAUCCGCCGGCCUUCACGCUACAGCAACUCUCAACUACGCGGGUCAUCGUUUCGCUCUCCGUUGCCUCGUGCGGUUGCCAACGAGCUCGAGCGGGAGAUCGGAACACAUCAACGUCAGGAGCAGCCGGAGAUCCCCUACGAUGAUUUCCCGAGAGUCUUCAGAGAACGCCUAGAGGCCGGCCGGCGGAUGCUGCGAGAUGUGAUCAACCACAGCCACCCUGGCCAGAGAAUGAGGCUCCCUCGCGACCCGUCUAUGCAUCUGGAUGUCUCCGAUCCGCACUGGGUUGUCACGGACGAGCAUAGCAACCAGCGUCGCAUGGACCAGAUAGGUUUCACACCGCGAUUCGCUCCGGCGAUGGCAUACCACAGCGCGGUGUCCUCACAACCGCACUCAGAUACCGACCGGUUAUCGCCGUUCCCGCAUGCAGAGAGCCUCGGUGACGACCCAAAUGGCCCGACUGCCCCGCUGUUGCGUCCAGUUGGUCAUCGUGCGUCGCGUCGGCCGAACCGUGACUCGGCUGCUGUCGAUGGCCUUGGGGAUAGACAGCGCAGCCCGAGCCCCGAUGGCGACCAGGAGAGUGAUGUAUGGGAAAGGCUUCUUAAUUCAAUCGCGCCGGACGCGAAUCUUCCUAGUGCCGAAUCCUCUUUCACUUCCACAACUGCCUCGGCGUCGACCAAUGCACGGAGAACGGGACCAUCCAGAAGCUCGGCCAACUCUUCACACACAGCGCCCUCUUCGGUAAAUUCAACGUCUGCCGCGGUCCAAAUGGUUCUCGAUCCCUAUCCGGAUUUUCUGAACCCGUGCGAUUUCCCGACCUCGUCGGAUUCCGAGACUGAAUCCGAAUCAGACGCGAGCCACCGCGAGCUUUAUCGCCGUUACAGGGAUCAGAUGUAUUGGACGCGCCGUGCCCAAGGUUUGGAGUCGACCAUGAGCAGCCAACCUCCGAUCCCGACCAUCUCGUUCUCCAUCUCCCAACGUUCCGCGGACCCAGAUCUCCAACAGAUGCAGGCCAUCCUGGAUCGACUCGCCCGCCGGGAAGAUAUCCCCGAUGACUGGUGGGCAGCAGCAGGUCUGUCUCGGACCCUCGGCCGCAGGCUCGGCGAAGGCGACGAGAACGCCACCAAUGCACCGGGGGCCGGCGGGCCUGGUCCUGGUCCUGGCCCUGGUCCUGGGCCACAGCGGCGUUGAUACAGGACCCAUUGGGGAUGCUUGACUGGCCCUCCGAUUUGCAGGCGUCUUUUUCUUUUUUUUGGGGAGGGGGGG